ACCUCUGCGCGCCGGUCGCGUCAAUUCCUGCUCGAUACGUAACCGUUAUUGCUGUACGACUUCUGCACACGUCUACUCGACAUGGUUAAUUCCCGGUCUUACGUCGUACCUGGAUGUCGCACCACGUACAGACCUCUCCUGUCACGCUUUUACGGCGCAGGGCAGCAGAAAUCAAGACCCCUAACCUUGAUGGCGCGCUGCGAUGGCCACCAUCGCUAUCCGUUGGUAGAGGGCGUCUUGGACGACAUGUCAAUUCAACCUUACGUGCACAACUGCUCCGUCUCGGUCCUCCACAAGAACCGCUGGUCCCGGUACAUCGUCUUCUUUAAAGUUCACCGUCGUCUUCCUGUCAACCGCGCCGUGUCUCUCGUCGCACGCACGCGUUCUAUUCGCGGAGACGUUGUCGUUAUGCGCACCGGUGUCGACGGUCGUGUCGUCGGUAUGCGCCACGGAGACGCGGUCGUCGCUGAUCAAAUUGUGACGAGACUGGGUGAAACUAUGGUUUCCUCGCGCUACCGCAAGAAGAGGACGAUCCCUACAGAGUUGUUGAUCGUCACGAGAGUGUCCAAGUCGCGGCGCCAGUGGGAGGCGGAGUUAGGGAGGCGAUGCGAGGAGACACCGGCGGUGGUUCGUAGGCGAUGAAGUCUGUAGCGAGUGUAGCAGGCGCAGCAGCUCCGGCGAAUGUAUCCUUCUUGUUACCGUGAGGAGAUCGUGACGACGGGAUCUUGUGGUCAGCGUUUGACUGUCCUUCGUCGCGAGAAUGACCGAGCAUGGAUGACGGGAAGAGAUAGACAAAUGGAGAGAGGUGGGCGGAGUGGGAGGGUGG